AUGACAACACAACCAGAGACGGAGACUCAAAAACCAAUAAUAUUUGCACCUGAAACUUAUCAAUAUACCAAAAGUCAUUUAUCAGAAUCUGAUCUUUUAUCAAAUCCAUUUGAUCAAUUUCAUAAAUGGUUUAAAGAAGCUCAAGAUAAAUUACCAAAAGAUUCUGAUAUUAUAGUAGAAGCAACAAAUUUUUCAACUGCAAAUUUACCAAGUGGUAGAGUUUCUAGUAGGAUUGUUUUAUUAAAAGAAUUAGAUAAAUAUGGAUUUUUAGUUUAUUCAAAUUGGGAAACAAGUAAAAAAUCAAAAGAUUUUAAUUCAAAUAAAUAUGCCGCUUUGACUUUCUUUUGGCCACAUCUUCAAAGACAAGUUAGAGUUGAAGGUAUAAUGGAAAGAGUAACGAGAGAAACUAGUGAAAGAUAUUAUAAAACAAGACCAAGAGGUUCUAAAAUAGGUGCUUGGGCAAGUCCUCAAAGUACAAAAAUUAGUUCAAGAGAAGAUUUAAAUAAAUUAAAUGAGGAAUAUGAAGCAAAAUUUAAGGAUUUGAAAGAUGACGAAAUCCCAUGUCCUGAACAUUGGGGAGGUAUGAGAAUAGAGCCAUUAGAAGUAGAAUUUUGGCAAGGUGGAUUAAGUAGAUUACAUGAUAGAAUUAGCUUUAGAAGAGAUGAUUUAGAAAAAGAUUGGGAAAUUUUUAGAUUAGCUCCAUAA